AAGCUAUGCUGCUUUACAUCCUGUCUCACACAGUAUAUGUACAGAGCUCAGAACAGACCUGAAUAAUCCUCCAAACAUCCUCAACAUUUUCCACUCCCCAAUCAGAAUUCUGAGAGUGUAAUUUUUAAGAUGAAAAAAACAGAUUUCUCUGAUGGAGGAUUCCAGAUCAAAUUCUUGCCCCCUGUUUUUGGACUGGAGUUCUGCACUGGCUUGCUUGGGAAUGCUUUUGCCCUGUGGAUGAUGGUGACGCGAGAGCGUCGGGACUGGCACUCAGGCGUGGUCUUCUCCUGCAACCUGGCCAUCAGUGACCUGCUCUACAUCUUCACACUGCCCAUGCUGCUUAUCUACUACAUGACGAACAAGGACUGGACUUUUGGCACAGCUGCCUGUAAGACUGAGCGCUUUCUCUUCAUCUGUAACCUGUACGGAAGCAUCUUCUUCAUCACCUGCAUCAGCCUCAACCGUUACCUGGCCAUCGUUCACCCCUUUUUUGCCCACCGCCACGUGCGACCCCACCACGCCAAAGUCACCAACCUGCUGGCGUGGGUAGUGGUGGCACUCAUGUCCUCUCCUGUCCUCCGCUUUGCUCACACAUGCAAAAAGUUCAACACCACAGAAUGUGUCUCCUACUGCCUUGUGGAGGACCAGAGAGCUCAUUUCACAUACAGCAUCUUCCUGGCCGUAUUUGGAGGAUUGCUGCCCUUUGUAGUCACCCUGGUGUCUUAUGGCGCCAUCAUGUGGGUGGUGUGGAGAAAUCAGAAUAUUACAGCGCUCGAGAAGAGGAAGGUGGCGUUAUUGGUGGUCUCGGUGCUGCUCCUCUAUGCCGUGUCUGUAAUACCCUACCACAUCUUCCGCAACUGGCACCUCCACCAGAGGAUGCACGAUAUAAACGUGACCAAAGUUUGGGUCUAUAAGGCUUACCAAGUGACCAAGGGGCUGGUGACCCUCAGCAUGUGCAUUCACCCCAUCCUUUACAUGGCCGUGUUCGACAGCAUCCGCACUGCCUGCUGUGGGAGCACUGAAGUGAGUCAGGUCAACCAGAAUGAGACUGAGAAUGAGAUGGGAGUGGUUGCUGAUCAAGGCAAAUGACAGAAUUACACAUGGUAGUCAAGUUUGAGAAAAGCUGUAUAAUCUGAUAAUGCUUUGCAGUCCAUUUAUCUCUGUAACUGUCUCAGUUGAUAAAUAAAAAUAUCAGCAUGGUGACACCAAGCUGAAAAUCAGCAGCAGUGUCUGCCUCUGAGAACAAACUGGUUGGUAGCAUGCAAACUUUUACACUAUAGAUAUCACCAAAAUAAUAAAUAGAAUAAAGUCUUCGUAAGGAAAAAUCUCCACAAAGUUAAAUAAUCUUCCACUAAUCUCUAAACUCUGACACUGACAUAUUAACCACUUUCGAUAAGCAUUGACAAUCUCCGCUUGAAAUCAAAAGGCCAUCAUCAUGUCUUCUACAGCUGUGUUCUGUAGCUCCUGUGGCAUAUACGUCGUGGACUGUCCUUCUGACACUCCCGAUAGUAUGGUGCGCCAGAGGUGUUUAGUUAUUGUAGAGUUGGAGGACAGGAUUCGCGCAUUGGAGGAGCGCAUUAGUACGUUAGUGGAGAUUAAACAUAUUGAGGGAUUUAUAGGUACAGCUCAAUCAGAGCACAGAGCCAGAUUACAUCUGGCAGUUGUUCCUCCUACCUUGACUGUCUCCAGUCCGGCACCAGCAGCCAGCACACACCAGCCCUGGGUCACAGUCAGAUGUCGUCGUAGGAGCUCUAAGCCAAGAGCUCCUGCAUGCCAGUCGGAUAGUUUUCCAUCGGGCUUCCGACCGGGACACAGCGCUAAAACUGCCUUGACUGAAGUUAUAAAUGAUGUAAUAAUGGCAAUUGAUGCUGAUAGUGUGACUGUGGAUUCUUUUAGAAGCUUAGUGGGGAUUGGCUCCAGUGGACAAGUGGUUGGUUUGAUCUUAGCUAUAAGUUUUGUUUUUAACUGUUGAUGUAACACACCGUAACUAUGGCUACUGGUGCUGCUGUACAUGCCACUUUAUACCCACUAUGCUUGUCCAUUAAUGUGUCAAUGCAUGUUCCUGCCAUCCAUGCUCUCUGCCUUCCCACAUGGCCAGGUGGGCACCAUCUGAACUAGAGUCCUGGUUUAGUCCCAUGGAGGGGUGACAUGGCAAAUGGG